AUGGAAUUGAAGGGCUACCGAGCCGUAGCUCCUGACCUCCGCGGGUAUGGUGACUCCUUUGCGCCCACGGAUAUUCCCUCAUACACCGGCUUACACAUGAUUGGAGACCUAGCCGCCGUCAUCUCGGCCGUAACCACCUCCGAAGACGAGAAGGUCUUCGUCGUCGGUCACGCUUGGGGAGCCCUAAUGGCAUGGUAUCUUUGUCUCCUUAGACCAGAUAAAGUGAAAGCUCUGGUCAACCUCAGUGUGCCGUUCAGUUUCGUGCCGAAGGAUCCAUGGCCAGAGGUGACGCCAAUCGAACAGCUGCGCAGGAUCUACGGCGAUGAUUUGUACGUCGUCAGGUUUCAGGAACCUGGAGAUAUAGAGGCAGAGAUUGCGGAAGUUGGGACUGAAAGAGUGAUGAAGAGGUUUUUCACGUACCGUACGCCCUAUCCGUUUAUUAUCCCAAAGGAUAAAAGCUUUUGGGGUCGUCCGGACAUCCCGAUCCCUUUACCGUCUUGGCUGUCGGAGGAAGAAGUUCAAUAUUACGUAAGAAAGUUCGAGGAGACGGGAUUCUCCGGAGCAGUAAACUCCUACCGCAAUUUCGCACGGAACGAUGAGCUAAUAUCGCCGUGCAUAGGGAUCAAAGUUGCUGUACCAACGAAAUUCAUAAUCGGGGAUCUGGAUCAUGUUUACCACAUGCCCGGGAUUAAGGAAUACAUUCACGGUCCGCAGUUCAAAGAAGACGUUCCGUUGCUGGACCCGCCGGUCGUUAUGCUAGGAGUGGCUCACUGGAUUAACCAGGAAAAGCCAGACGAGAUCCUUCAUCACAUAUACGACUUCAUCAGGAAGUUCUGAAAACCGAUCGAUAUGAUCUCGAUCGGUUUUCUUAUACCGUCGGUUUAACCUUCUGGUAUAUACGUGGGUUUGCAUCCGGCUUUGUUUUCACUAAUAAGAGUUUAGUCCAAGGUCUUGUAAGAGAAUGAUAGACCACGUGCUUCAAUUCCAACCUUGUUACUGUCAAAACUCUGUUUUUAUUCUGUUAAGUUUGUUAAUCUGUUCGAGUUUUAUGUCAUGUUCCACUUUGGUCCUUCUGUCAAAUAAAAAGAAACGAUGGCACUUUCAUCA